CAUUUCAAUUUGCAUGCCUUAUGGUGCAGGUAUAUCCAACACCUCAUCUUAUAUGAUAAGAUCAGUAACAUGCAUGGAGUUGACACAGAGGCCCGGCCCUGCGCUAAAGCAUAUAAAACAACGGUUUUAGGCGUCAAGAUAUAUAUAAUUAUUUGGGGCAACAAGUGCAAAUGUUUCCUUCAGUGCAGUGGUUUUUCAAUUGUUUUUUUUAACCUGUAAAGGCAGGUUCGAACCUGAAUUCAACCAUAUUCCCCUUCAUUUUUCCCUUUCGCUAAUGGCAAUAACUAAAAAUAAGACUUAAUCAGUAAAGAUUUUGAUUACUCUUUCUAAUAACUUUAAUUUCCUUAUAAAUAAUAGGAACUAUAGUAAACGACAUUAACUUUCUUCCCACAGAAUAAAAUUAUACAUGUUAUAAAAAUAAAUAAGGAAACUAAAUAAAAGUAAUUAUUUUCUUUACCUUAGCAAUUGACACUUAUCUCCUCACUUCUCCGCAUUGUUUUUUUCAUUAUUUUCUGUCAAUUUUUACUACAAAGGUUGUAUUUUUUUUAUUCUCCUUUUCUAAUCGCAUAUGAGUUUCAUUUUCAUUCUCCUCUAUUUUUUUCUUUUUAUAAUUUUUCUGAAUCUCAGAAUAUGAAUUUAGCAUUGCUGAGAGACUAUAAAAACUUAAUAAAAUUUUACCAACGAGAAUUGAUGCUGCUAUAGUUGUUGUCUAAUUGUUUUUUUUUUGUUAAGAUACGUAUAUAUUAUUCUAUUCUCCAAUUUAUAUUCUUCUUUUAAUAUUUAUUGUUGUAGGAUUAUGAAUGUAAUUUAAUUUAUAGUGAUAAACAUGUAGAUUUUUUUGCUUUUUAAAAUACUUAAGAGUAAACAAAAAAAAAUUAUAAUUAUGAGGCAAUAUUUUUCUUGUUCCGCUUUGGACACCACAUCAAUCUGGACCGGCACUGUUGACACAUUUCAAUUUGCAUGCCUUAUGGUGCACGUAUAUCCAACACCUCAUUUUAUAUUGUAAGAUUUGUGUACUUUAACUAGACGGCAUCUAGAAUGAAAGACACGAUUUUUUUUUUCGUCAUUCAUUUUUUUUUGUCAUUAAUAAAAUUAAUAGUACAGUAUUACUCACGAGUUUAUAUUUUGUGAUUAGAGUCUUCUAUUUAAUUAAUUGUGUUACAUUUAUGUUAAAAUAAUCCAAUUUUAGAAAGUGUUUAUCUUUGUCAGAACUUGAUUAUUUGCAACUAUCCAUUUAAACCCAAAAAAAACAUUUUGCUCUGAUUCAAUAGACAUUUGGGGUAUAGUAUAAGAAAAGAAAAUUUCAUCUAUGUGCAUAUAUAAUGAUCCACAGGUUACAGAAAUAAUAAGCAUUAAAGCUUGAAAUAAAAAAAAUGCUUAAAGAUACUUUAGCUAAGGAAAGCGAAACCCCAAAGGAGAGUUUCACUAUUAUGAAAUUCUAAGUGCUUGCAUAUGGAAAUCAAGAUCUCGAGCCCUAAACCUAGACCUUGACAAGAUCACUGCCCUUUGCAUAGCUGUGGGAAUCUGACAUGUUCUUGAUCCGCCACUACCAGAGGGCUAUGGCAACUCAAUUAUAGACGUGUACAUCGAGUUAACCACGAGAGAGCUCUAUGAAUCAUCAAUCUUUGACAUUGCCAAACUCGUGAACAAAGCCAAGAAAAAAGCUUAUGACAAGAGCUAUGUCGAGGAGGUGCUAAGAAACAUGGAGAGAAUGAUCAAGGAGGAUGUGAAAUUCGACAAGGUAAUUCAUAGACUAUUAUUCAUGACCGAUAUGAGAAACCUCGCGGUGUUUAGAUCGAUGGAUUUUGGUUGGAAAGAGCCUGUGAAUAUAAGGGAUCUUAUGUUUCAAGAAAACGCCAAGAACAUGGGGAUGAUAUUAGGAGCAUUGAAGCUGGAUCCAGCAAUGGAAGGUGGGGUUAGAGUGGUAAUGACUUUGCCGAGAGAUGCAAUGGAAUUUGCAUACUUGGUGAGUGAAGAGAAGACAAUCCGAAGAACAAGCAAAUACAGUUUGGUUUGGAUAAAAAAGUUUUAGAACAAAGGGAACCGCACGUCGAGAGCGACAAUAAUAGCAACGU